GCCUUUCCCUGGACGCUAGUAUCCAGGAUGUGUAUACCUACUAGCGUAUGGCCAUUACGUCCUGCGUUAGAUGUAUGGAGACAGUUUACAGGCAUGUCCUUGAAUCAUGCGUGUUCAAGGCCUAACCCUGUUCGCUGUUUUCCAGUAUACAGUUAG